AUGGGCAGAAUAAAGAAGAAGGGUACCUCUGGCUCGGCCAAGAACUACAUUACCAGAACACAGGCCGUGCGCAAACUUCAGAUCUCUUUGCCGGAUUUCCGUCGACUAUGCAUCUUCAAGGGUAUCUACCCUCGCGAGCCCCGUAAUAAGAAGAAGGCCUCCAAGACCUCCACGCCCAACACAACCUUCUACUACACCAAGGACAUUCAGUAUCUACUGCAUGAGCCGCUUCUUAACAAGUUCCGUGACCAGAAGGCCCUUGCAAAGAAGAUCGCCCGCUCUCUCGGCCGUGGAGAAGUCAGCGAUGCCUCACGUUUAGAAAAGAACCACGCCCCGAAACUCACCUUGGACCAUGUCAUCAAAGAGCGCUACCCGACCUUUAUUGACGCCCUCCGUGAUCUCGACGACGCUUUGUCUCUUCUCUUCCUCUUCGCUACCCUCCCUUCCACCGACUAUGUUCCCUCCAAGACCGUUGCGCUCUGCCAGCGCCUUUGCCACGAGUUCCAGCAUUACUUGAUCAUGACCAACUCACUGCGCAAAUCCUUCCUUUCCAUUAAGGGUAUCUACUACCAGGCUACCAUUCAGGGACAAGAUAUCAUGUGGCUUGUGCCAUACCGUUUCGUUCAGCGUGUCAACGGCGAUGUCGAUUACCGUAUCAUGGCUACCUUCGUCGAGUUUUACACCACCCUGCUGGGCUUCGUCAACUUCCGCUUGUAUUCAUCAAUUGGAUUGAGAUAUCCUCCCAAGUUCGAUACCCGCAGCGAUGAGAACGGUGCUGAGUUGGCCGCUUUCACUCUCGAGGGCCGUGCAGUCGGUGAGGUGCCUAAGGCUAUCGAGGCCAGCAAGGCCCAGAGUAAUGGCAACUCCAACAAGGAGGUCUCUAAGGAACUCCAAGCCAAGGUUGAUAAGGUGAUCAAGAAGGCCGGUUUGGAUCAGUCCGAAGAUGAGCAAAUGGCCGAGGCUCCUGAGGAGUCAACCGAUGCCAUCGACCAUUUCGAGCCCGCCGCUCCCGAGGCCGAUACCCUCCCCCAACCCGGCAUGAGCGGCAACGAGGCCGGUGCACUUUUCGCCCCCUUCGUGUUCUACAUCUCACGUGAAGCCCCCAAGGCUCCUCUGGAGUUCAUUCUCCGCUCAUUCGGCUGCACGCGCGUUGGAUGGGCUUCCGUGCUCGGCGAUGGAGCUUUCACUCACGACGAGAGCGACCCCCGCAUCACCCACCAGAUCGUCGAUCGUCCUUCACUUCCCCAGGAGUCUCUUCCCGCCAUUCCGGCUGCCGAUGAGAAUGCCGUUCAGAAGGUCCAGCCUGGAACCCGCAUCCCUGGCCGUACCUAUGUUCAGCCCCAGUGGGUCUGGGACUGUGUUAACGAAGGCAAACUCCUCCGCGCUGACCUCUACGCACCCGGUGCCACUCUGCCUCCCCAUUUGAGCCCUUGGGUUAAGCCUACUCGCGGCGCUUACGACCCCCGCGCCUCUCUUGCUGACCAAGAGGAGGAGGAUGAGGCUGAGAUUGCCGCUGAGGCCUCUGACAGUGACGAGGAGAUGGAAGAUGAGCCCACAGAGGACACCAAGGCCGCCGAGGCCGAGGCAUCUGAGGAAGAGUCUGUCGACGGUGGCAUGGAUGUCGCCGGCACCGACGAUGACGAUAGCGAGGAGGAAUCCGACGAGGAAGAUGAAGACUUCGGUGGAUUCGAGGACGGAGCCGCAUCUGAGUCUGAAGAUGACGAUGAGGCCGCUCGCACUCAGCACCAGAAGGAGCUCGAGGCCGAAGCCGCCGGCCUGCCGUUCACAUCCAAUGGCACCGACGAGGCAGCCAAGAAGAAGUCAUCCAAGUCCAAGAAGGUCGCCGCCAAGAAGCGCAGCGAGGACGAGGAGCUCGAGAGACAGAAGAUGAUGAUGAGCCGGAAGAAGCGCAAGCUGCUCGAGAAGAUGAUGUACUCUAACAAGAAGACCGCUGAAGAGUCGGCUAAGCUUCGCUCGAAGAGACGUAAGCUGGAGAAGGGUGAGAAGGCCGAGAAGAACUGA